CCAGUUGAACUCUGACCAAAGCAAACUCACAAGGAGAAAUAUUUGGCUUUGACGUCCGACCUCCAAACAGCUAUUUUUCCAAAUGCCGAGGCGACCAAACAAAAGGUGUGAGGAGAAAUAAACUAUUGGGCGGCUUGCAGCAGUGACCGAGCUAAUAGUGGUAGCUAUCGCUUGACUAUUAGCUAGGAUGCUAGCGUUACUUUAGCGAGCAGAAGCCGUUACCGUUAUGCCAAACGCCCCAACAGCAGCCGUUGGGAGUAGAAGCUGCUGCUUCUGUUGCCUUAACUGUCAGCUAGUUAGGCUAAACUGAGACGCUGAUAACUCAUUUUCUACGCUACCUUUUACUGCCUGGAAUAACAACUCAAGUAUGGGGAUGUGCUUAUCGUGCCUUGGUGGAGCAGCGGACGACGUUGUUGUCACUCCAGAUCCAGAGACAAGGAGGCGACAAUUAGCUGAGGCCGCUGAAAAGAGGCAAAAAGAGACAGCAUAUAGGGGUGUCAAAAAUCCCGAAGCAGUUGAGAGGAAAAGGAAAAAACAGGAAGAGGUCGAGAAGAAGGAGAUGACCACCUCUGCGUCUGGUGGCGGCGGCGGGUUGAAGUGGCAGGUGGGCUGAAAAUCCUGAAGGUAAAAGCUGAAGUCAUGACUCUGAAGUGCAAAACAAGAUGAAGUAUCGCUGCAAGAUGACUUGAAAGAUGUUUGAACUGCUGUCCAUUUUUUUUAAAUUGAUGUUUUUUGCCUAUUUUAUGAUGUUUUGAGACAAACACCUGCAGUUUUCAUACUUUAAUGCAAAACAAUUUAUGGUGGUAGAACAGCAGGACCUGCCCGCUUGUUGCCAAGUUAUACAAGUCAGGGAUGACACAUGGUAAUGUGCAAACAAGUACAUGUCCUACUGUAUUAGUAAUUAAUUUCACAGUUAAUACGACAGAGUCUUACAGUGACUAAAAUUUGAUAACACGCAAGAAUAUGAUGAUGAAGUCCAGUAGUGUCUCUGAUGACGGUUGUGAUACAUUUCACACAUUUCAUCAUUACACUGUUGUCGGUUUCAUAUUUGAGGAUCAAUAUUCACUGUUAAUCCGUUAACGGUCACAUAACUUUUUGUAUGACUUUUCCAGAAAUUAAGUUAUGCAAAUGAGACAUUUCACAAGUAAAACACAGUUUAUGUUUACAAAGACAUUUAAGUGUGCGUAGGAUUAGUAUAAAAAGCACCCAGUAAGCAUUAUUUCACCUUGUUUGUGGCUCUAAUUUUUUUGCAACACAGAGACUAGUGCAACAAGAUGGCGUUUUCCUUUAUAAUGCAUUUUGUGCAUCCCUGCAGCAGCUAAAGAAUACUGCUGAAUAACAGGGAAAAAAACACAAACACACUUUAACUAUUCUAACCAGUAAAAAUUUAAAUAUAUAUUAAAUAUUUUGCACUAGUCUUUGACACUGUCACUUUAAAAUAAAGCCACGAGUGUUUGUUGUUUUCUUAUUUACUGCACAAUUUAAGUUUGUUGCAUUGAGUUAUGAUGUAAAACUCUAAUGUAUUGCCUGCUUAAUUUAAUUAAGGUAUGAAAUGUGUUUAUGAAUUGCCAUAUUACAAACAUAAGCUUUUGUUUGACACAUGAAUUGCACACAGUUCGUCAAUACUCGGUGAACAGCUUGCUUCUACUCUAUGUUGGUAGAUAUUCAAGUCCACUACAAUGGAAACAGGAAGAAACUGAAGAAAAAUAAUAAGAAGUGUGUAAAUAAUUAAGUAUUUACUUUGACUUGCUUAACUGCGUGCAUUUCUUACAGCCUUCACUUGAUCCUUAAAUGCUUCCGGUGCUUUUGACGAUUUGUAGCACAGGAAAUCUAGCCAAUGAUAUUUGCUACAAUAAAUCACAUUUCUGCUA